AUGACUGAUGUCGAAGUCUGUCUUGCGUGCAUCAAAACCCUUGCUGUAAUCUCCGGAAGAACUGUCAACGCUUGUCCCACCGAAUUACUACCUCCGUUGGAGGUUUCCAUGAAGAGGAAAGUGAUCAGGAACAUCAAGGCAUUUGUUGCUGAGACACAACUUACGAAUAUCUCGUCAUCAGUCCUUGGAUUGUAUAAUGGAAUGAAAUUAGACAACAAGUUGAAGAAGUUUGUCGGAGAUUGUGCAUUCAUGGACUGUGUUAAACAGGAUAGCGACGUUGCAAUGGAGCACAGAGUCAAAUUAUGGAGAAGAAUCAAACAGAAGUAUCCGAAUUUGGACCUUCCUGAGUCUCUUCCAGACAGAAACAUCAACCAUUUGAUGUCUGCAAAUAUAAACAAAGUAAGAAUUAGAUCUUCAACGAAUUUGCUCGCUUUGCCUGCUGAUUCGAGAGAUGAGCUGUCUUCUGUUGAGGCAUUCGCUGGUUGUUUCGCAUUGCCACUAGUUGUUGGUGGUGAUAACUUAGUUUUGCUGAUUAAUGAAUUCGAAAAAUAA